AUGGAUAGUAUCGUAGAAAUAUGUAAAUAAAAAUUAAAUUCGUAAUAUCGUUGUUCGUUUUAGUUUUCGUUUGGCGAAUGGUGAUCGUCUCUGACUGUGUCUGACUCCGGCCUGUGUCCAGCAAUAUUGUUGAUAAUAUCACAGAUUAUAUAAAAUACGUAUGGUUUUCUUGUUUCGUAUCGGUGGUACUCGGUAAAUCGGUUUUACCGGAGUCCUUGAUUGUUCAAGCUGUACGCCUACUGCAGAAAAUGGAACUCCAAGACACCUUUUACAGUAAAUCCGAAUACGUAGAAACGACAACUGGUAAUAAAGUGAGUCGACAAGCUCAAAUUUAUGGAUCUCAAAAUAUUAUACUCAACGGCAAAGUCAUAUUGCAGUCGGGUGUGAUGAUACGAGGUGACCUGGCUAGCGUUAAAAUGGGCCGGUACUGUUUUGUCGGCAAAGGUUCAGUUGUGAGGCCACCGUGCAAAAAAUUCAGUGGAGGGUUUACAUAUUUUGCUCUUCAAAUUGGAGAUCAUGUACAUAUUGGUGAACAAAGUGUUAUUCAAGCAGCCAUCAUUGGAUCUUAUGUACACAUUGGAAAAAAUGUCGUUAUUGGUAAAAGAUGUAUACUUAAAGACUGCUGUAUGAUUGGAGACAACACAGUACUUGCACCUGAUACUGUAGUUCCUUCAUUUACCCAUUAUUCUGGUUCUCCAGGCAUGCAAAUCGGUCAAUUGCCAGUUUGUACUCAAGAUCUAUCAACUGAUUAUACCAAAUCAUUUUAUGAUCACUUUGUUCCGUCUAUUGAUAAUUUAUAGGUUUAAAGAAAUAAAAAUUGUUUAACACUUUUUUAAUUUCAAAUUUAUUGUAUAAAAUAAUAUAUGUUUUGAUAAUAUAUAAUAAUUAUCUAAUUUUGA